UGUGACUCGGAUCCUACCUAUCAUCAACAGUUUUGUUCACAGUAUUGAAUAUAGCGAAUAUUAUCCCGUAGUUUUUGAAAUUAUUUAAAUAGAACUUGCAGAAAGUGUUUAAGACGUUAAAAAGAAAAUAUUAGAAGAUAUUGUAUGUUACGUACAAAAUGGAUAUACAAGAUUACUGUCAAAGAUUACCCAAAGUGGAACUUCAUGCCCAUUUAAAUGGAUCAUUAUCUAUGAAUACUUUGCAAAAAUUAUAUAAAAUGCAACACUCAGAUAUUACUGAAUGCGAGCAAACUUCCAUGGAUGCUGUUAAAUUUUCAUCUCUAAGCGAAUGUUUUAAAGUGUUUGACAUAGCACAUGCAGUAACAAUCACUCCACAGGCUGUGUUUCUUGCGGCUUGUGAUGUGAUAAAAGAGUUUCACGAUGAUAAUGUAGUUUACUUAGAACUGAGAAGCACACCUCGAGCUGUGAAGGAUUCAAUGACAAAAUUAGAAUAUCUUGAGGCCAUAAUAAGAGCUUUUGAAAUAUCCAAAUCUCAAUUUCCACGAAUUAUUGUAAAACUAUUGGUGUCAAUUAAUCGAAAGGAAGGUUAUAAAUCAGCAAAAGAAAAUGUGGAUCUUGCGAUACAGUUGAUGAAACAGUUUCCACAGUAUGUUGUCGGUGUUGAUCUUAGCGGUGAUCCAAAAGUGAAAGAGUCAUUUUUACCUUUAUUGGAAAUAGCUAGGAAGACGGGACUGAAGGUUGCAGCACAUUGUGCGGAGAUACCAGAUGAAAUAGACAUAGUUGAUACGUUGAAAUUCAAACCUGACCGAUUAGGACAUUGCACUUGCAUUCAUCCUACUUUGCAAGGAUCUAAACAACUAUUUGACAUGUUAUUGGAUUCCAAAGUUCCUGUUGAGUUGUGUUUAACAUCAAAUGUUAAAUGUAAAACAGUAUCCUCUUACGAAACACAUCACUUUAAAUAUUUUUACGAAACUGGACAUCCUAUAACUAUUGGAACCGAUGAUAAAGGUGUAUUCAACACAUGUUUGUCCAAGGAAUUCGAAAUAUUGAACUCUACUUUUAAUAUUGGAAAAGAACAGCUCAAAAAAUUAUCUCUACUGUCUGUGCAGUAUAGCUUUGCAGACACAGAAGAAAAGAAACGUUUAUCAUCAAUUAUCGAGAAGUUUGAAUAAUAUUUUUUUUUUUUAAUUAAAUAUCUUAAAUAUAUUAUGUGAAUGCAUAUGAUUUUUAUUUUUUAUUUUUCUUCGUCUUAAAAGAAAGUCAAAGAUAAGUAAAAUAAUAAAAUGCAGUGUGUUCAUUCAUGUCGUAUAUUGAAGACUGUUCACAUAUAAAAGUAACAUCAGUUUUAUUUAAUAUUUGUAUCUAUCGUUUACAUACAUUUACAUGUAAUAACUGAUUUAUUAUUUGAGAAGUUUAUAAUCCUUACACAUUGUUUUAUAUCUUGUUUCUCACGUAAAUUCAUUCAUUCCAUUCAUCUUAUAAUUUUUAUAUAUAUGUACAAUAUUUACGGUAGCUAUUCGUAUGGUAUUUCUAUAAAUUACUAUAUUCUGUUGUAAUGAUUUGAAGAAUCGAUGAUGAUAAUAAUAUAAGCUAUUACAUAACGUAUGUUCAACGAUCUUGAUAUGGAUAAUUAUAUUGACUAAGUAUGUUUUGCUACAGCAAUAAAGCAUUUUAAAAAUACGACGUUUAUUUUGCGUUAUCGUUGGUUUGUUCUUUUUCACUUAACUGCACCAGUUCAGAGUUCAUCUUUUUCACUCUAAAGAGAAGAAAAAACACUCUAAACUAGUGUGACCAGUUUAACAAAAAACAAACCAAGUGAUAGGCAUAAACCCUAUCAGGAACAUGUCACUUGUCUUCACUUAUUAUCAUAUCUUAUAUCAUAUAGAAAGAGAGUAAAUCUCGUUUUUCGAGUUAGUAUGGCUGCUUUCUUUUUAAUAAACACAAAUCGACAAAGAUUAACACACUCGAGCGUAGUUUGACUCUCCUUCCAAAAAAGAGUCAAAGAGUGUAGCGACUGAGGUCGAUCACAAUUAUAAAUGAAAAGCGACGUGGACACAAAUAGCAAUUUGUGUCGGAUGUGUCGACUGUGUUUUCUAAAAGGAAAGCAGCGUAUAUGGAGUCAAAACAUGGAGUUUUCUUACCUGAUAGAAUAAUUGAAAACGCAUAAGUUUAAAUAUGCGCUUAUUUUUGCGCGCUCUUUAUCUCUCUCUCUCUCUUUCUCGCAGUAAUGUAUGGACUAAAUAUAUUUUAAUAUUCUUAUUACUUUUAUCUACAAUAUCUAUCUCAGUCACAGAUCUGAUGUCGAUCUUUUAAUAAAAUUACGAGAUUAAAUUUAUUUUUGACAUUCCGCAUCGAAAGACGGAAUUUUCUGCUCAACUUAAAUUUUUAUAUUGUUAAAGAUUGCACAGUUUUACAAUGAAAAACACGUUUGUGUAAUUCAUUCAUAUUGAAUCAACAUUUAGCAAAUACGAUUGUCUCGUACUAGCUCCUGCGCAAUCAUGGAAAUAAUCUAUAUCGUAGAUAAUAUUUUUUCUGUUUCAUACUUUGUGUGCAACGUAGAAAAUAAAUUAUAUGAAAAAUAUGUUGGCCUGUUUUAAUGGAAAAUUUAAUGGAAAAACGUGAUGUUUAUUUUCUAAUCGAAAUUUUCGAUUAGAUUAUAUAGAAUACGUAACGUUAACUUAUAGAUUUUCAGUACUAUAAGUAAUAACCAAACAAGGCCUGUAUGAGAAAUAUUCUAUCUGCAAUAAAUAUAAAUUCAAUCUCGGAAUUUUGCAAAGAAUUAUUAAUAUUUUGAUU